CGCGAUGGACGCUGGCAAUGGAGUGGUCACUAGACUUCAGAACAAACGAGCACGUGACAUGGCGAGCGGCCCCAACGACCAAGGCAAGCGCAGCUCGAAAGACUUGAUGAGCAUACAAGAUGGUGAGAAUGUGGACGCCGGCACGAGCGUGACCUACAGCAGGAGGUCGUAUCCACUGGAGCAUGAAAGUGAGCCGUGGUCAAAGCAUGAGGAGAAGACGUCCAAGACGGAAAAAUCCACAAAGUCGGUGAAGGUGAGAAGAGGUGGCAACGGGUGUGUCGUGAUUGAAGGUAGCUCGUGUGUCGUAAUAGAAGGCAGCUCGGACGUCGUAAUAGAAGGUAGCUCAGAUGUCGUAAUAGAAGGUAGCUCGUUUGUCGUAAUAGAAGGUGGCUCGUGUGUUAUAACAGAAGGUAGCUGUUGUGUCGUAACAGAACGUGGCUGGUGUGUGGUAAAAAAGAAGGUAGCUGGUGUGUCGUUGCAGAUGGUAGCUUGGUGUGUCGUUACAGAAGGUAGCUUGGUGUGUCGUAACAGAAAGUAGCUGGUGUGUCGCAACAGAAGGUAGCUCGUGUGUCGUAAUAGAAGGCAGCUCGGACGUCGUAAUAGAAGGUAGCUCAGAUGUCGUAAUAGAAGGUAGCUCGUUUGUCGUAAUAGAAGGUGGCCUGUGUGUUGUAACAGAAAGUAGCUGGUGUGUCGUAACAGAAGGUGGCUUGUGUGUCGUAACAGAAGGUAGCUGGUGUGUCGUAACAGAAAGUAGCUGGUGUGUCGUAACAGAAUGUAGCUCGUGUGUUGUAAUAGAAGGUACCUUGGAUGUCGUAAUAGAAGGUAGCUGGUGUGUCGUGACAGAAGGUACUUUAUGUGUAGGGGUGGCAUUUUGGGCCUACUGCCGAGUUGUUUUUUCUUGGAAGAUCUCGGGCUACACAUUGUUUUUAUUUAAUACAAAUCAAGAUUUUGCCCUUUGCUCACUCUAACACCACUCUCUUUGCUCACUCUAACACCACGCUCUUUGCUCACUCUAACACCAUGCUCUUUGCUCCCUCUAACACCACGCUCUUUGCUCACUCUAACACCAUGCUCUUUGCUCACUCUAACACCACGCUCUUUGCUCACUCUAACACCACGCCCUUUGCUCACUCUAACACCACGCUCUUUGCUCACUCUAACACCACGCUCUUUGCUCACUCUAACACCACGCCCUUUGCUCACUCUAACACCACGCUCUUUGCUCACUCUAACACCACGCUCUUUGCUCACUCUAACACCACGCUCUUUGCUCACUCUAACACCACGCUCUUUGCUCACUCUAACACCACGCUCUUUGCUCACUCUAACACCACGCCCUUUGCUCACUCUAACACCACGCCCUUUGCUCACUCUAACACCACGCUCUUUGCUCACUCUAACACCACGCCCUUUGCUCACUCUAACACCACGCCCUUUGCUCACUCUAACACCACGCCCUUUGCUCACUUUAACACCACGCUCUUUGCUCACUCUACAAACACGACCUUUGCUCACUCUAACACCAAGCACUUUGCCACCCUCACACCUCACUCUUUGCCACCCUCACACCACGCCCUUUGCUCACUCUAACAUCACGCUCUUUGCUCACUCUAACACCACGCUCUUUGCUCACUCUAACACCACGCCCUUUGCUCACUCUAACACCACGCUCAUUGCUCACUUUAACACCACGCUCUUUGCUCACUCUACAAACACGACCUUUGCUCACUCUAACACCAAGCUCUUUGCCACCCUCACACCUCACUCUUUGCCACCCUCACACCACGCCCUUUGCCACCCUUACACCACGCAAUCUAAUCUUAUCUUUUAAAUGUUUUUUUUUUGUGUGUUUCGUUUUGACCAGAAAGGAACAUUAACUGACAGGGGCCAAAACUCUGGGCAAUGUCCUCCUGUGGUUGAAACUGUCCAGCCCGCGAAACCAAAGAUCAAAGACACACUGUUUACCUCAUUCAAGAUAAUAGGUAGGCCUAGCCACACUGUUUUCUACAUUCAUCAUAAUAGGUAGGCCUAGACACACUGUUUACUACAUUCAAGAUAAUAGGUAGGCCUAGCCACACUGUUUACCUCAUUCAAGAUAAUAGGUACACAACACUCCUCCUACAAACAGUCAUGUAACUAACACUCCUCCUACAAACACUCCUCCUACAAACAGUCAUGUAACUAACACUCCUCCUACAAACACUCCUCCUACAAACAGUCAUGUAACUAACACUCCUCCUACAAACACUCCUCCUACAAACAACUAACACUCCUCCUACAAACACUCCUCCUACAAACAGUCAUGUAACUAACACUCCUCCUACAAACACUCCUCCUACAAACAGUCAUGUAACUAACACUCCUCCUACAAACACUCCUCCUACAAACACUCCUCCUACUAACAGUCAUGUAACUAACACUCCUCCUACAAAUACUCCUCCUACAAACAGUCAUGUAACUAACACUCCUCCUACAAACACUCAUAUAACAAAUACUCCUCCUACAAACACUCCUCCUACAAACACUCCUCCUACAAACACUCCUCCUACAAACACUCCUCCUACAAACACUCCUCCUACAAACAGUCAUGUAACUAACACUCCUCCUACAAACACUCCUCCUACAAACACUCCUCCUACAAACACUCCUCCUACAAACAGUCAUGUAACUAACACUCCUCCUACAAAUACUCCUCCUACAAACAGUCAUGUAACUAACACUCCUCCUACAAACACUCAUAUAACAAAUACUCCUCCUACAAACACUCCUCCUACAAACACUCCUCCUACAAACACUCCUCCUACAAACACUCCUCCUACAAACUCUCCUCCUACAAAUACUCUGCCUACAAACAUUCUUCGUACAAAAACUCCUCCUACAAACAGUCAUGUAAUUAACACUCCUUCUACCAACACUCCUCCUACAAAAACUCCUCCAACAAACAGUCAUGUAACUAACACUCUGCCUACACACACUCCUCUUACAAACACUCCGCCUACACACACUCCUCUUACAAGCACUCCGCCUACAAACACUCCUCCUACACAUUAAUUCUAAGAACCAGGUUCUACAAACACUGUAUUAAAAUAUAAUAUCACAUCAUAUGUCAGUCAACUGUACGGGACAGUUCGACCAAAUAGUAAUUACCACCAUUUUCUCUCCCCAUCGUUUAGUUGAAGUGCCAACCGGUUAUGGAAAAUACCUACCUCUUGACGACGAUGAAGCCCAUACAUGUAAGAUGCUUUUCUUAUGUUGUGUUUUGUACAUACUCGGUGGAAUUCCGUGUGGUCAAUGGCUAAUAUUAACGAGGUGGCAUUCCGUGUGGUUUGUUGUCAGUGCCGGAUUUACCUGUAAGCUAAAGACGCUAAAACUUAGAGGCUAAUAAAGUUCAAUACUCUAAGAGGUCGAGAUUCAAUCUCUUUGGACCUCUGAUACGAUUUAUGCGGCGCGCCUAAUCUGCUGGGCGCUACGGUAAAGGAGCGCAUUUAGGCAGACCUCCGGAUUCCUACGGUUGGCCCCCGUUCCACUACUCGGACACGUGACCACCAAGUGGGCUACUGCCUCCUCUUUUAGUCCGCAUAACCGGCACAAAGGUUCCCUUCUGUUGUCAAGUCGAUGGAGAUAGCUGCGCGUCGCGCAGUGUCCAGUCCUCAUUUGAGUGAUAAGGCUUUUUUCUCCACAACUAAGUUCCCACCAGGGGUCGCUCUUGCUCGGACGCUGCAUUUUCUGGUAAAGCUGACGUCCAGUGGCCGCCGUGUUCCACCUUCUGUGCCAUUUGUCCUUGAAAUGGUCUUUGAUCCAAGCCGUGACUCCCAGCUGAGUCAAUGGUUUGUCUGGUUGAGGUUGGGCCGCGCCUUCUUUGGCUAGGAAGUCCGCCCUGUCAGGAAGCGACUCCUCCCAGUGCGAAGCGAUGAACUGUAGGACUACCUUAGAGCCUUUCGCAUGGAUAUUGCCUACUGUCUCCAAAAUAGCUGUGACCAUUUUUUAUCCCACCGAGCUCCCCCCCCCCUCAUGUGUUCGAGAGCUGAACAAGAGUCGGUGAAGACCACUACGUCCGGAAGGGUUUUCUUUUCGCUAGCCGUUGGUGGACACUUUUGAGAGCUACCAGUAUCGCCUCAAAUUCCGCAUCGAGGCUCGUUGCAUUGCUUCCGCUUGGGCCAGAUAGCUCCUCGGGUGGGGCUAUCUCUGCGGGAUACUGGAUAAGAGCACCGUAGCCACUACGCUUUUCCCUCGCAAAGCACGAGCCGUCCGUGAAGACUUUAACCAGACUGUCUGGGUAGGCGUUAAUCGUGUUACGUACAGCCUCUGAUGGUUCUGGUUGAGGACUGUUUUUGUUGGCAUUAGUGGUGAUCAUGUCUAGUCGAAUGUCUGGUCGGGAUAGGCUUUUGUGAGGUCCCCGCGCGAGAAUCACUUUCACUUUCUCCCUGUUUCCGGGUAAAUUUACGUCUUUUUCGAUACUGUGCACCGUGUCCAUGAAGGAUGGUCUCUUCAAUCUGGACUUUUUUACCCAAUUUUCUUGCAGUUGGAGACAGGGUUCUUCUCUUUCCAUGCGUCGGUAACGUUCUACUGUCGUAAGGACCGCCUUUUCCCACCUGACCUCGAGCGGUUCAACAUUUGACAUGACUUCCACUGCCGCCGUGGGUGUGGUUCGUAUUGCCCCGCAUACAAACCUUAGAGCACGGUUUUGGAUGCGCUCCAGUUCCUCCAGAGCCGUGCGACUCGCGAAGGUUUGGACAGGCAAACUGUAGUCCAUGGCCCCCCUCACACUACUGAGAUAGAGCGAUCUCAGCAGUCUUGCGUCUGCGCCCCAUCUGGUGCAGGCCAAAUUUUUCACCAAGAACCAGUUUUUGUGAAGCUUUAACGCACAGUUCGUGUACAUGGUUGUGAAGUCGGAGUUUCUGUUCCAAUUUCACGCCCAAAUAAAUUGGUGUCCUGUCCCAUACCAGAUCUGUUCCAUUUAUGGAGAGCUUUACAUCGACCUUUCUUCCUUUCGUGAACUUAGAGUAAACAGUCUUCUCGGUGUUCACAACCAUUUUCCACUUUCUCGCAUAAGCUUCGAUGCUAUGCAGAUCAUUUUGCAGCUGGUUCUGCAGAUGGUUGAUGUCCUCACCAGAGGUCCAAAUUACUAAGUCAUCCGCGAUCAUCGCGUUAUCGGAAACUAAGCCCUCUUGCAAGUUGUAUACGUACGCCAGGAACAGGGCGCAGCUGAAGGCGGAUCCCUGGGGAGUCCGUCCUCCAGAGCAAGCCGUCUCGACAAACUAUUACCAACUCGCAGUCCUGUUCCGGAGAAAGUCCGUCACCCACGCGGACAUUUUGCCGGAAAUCCCCAGUUUCUGGAACUUAUACAUGAGGCCUGUGCGCCGCUCGCGGUCGUACGCUUGCUUGAGGUCAAAGAAAACAGCAACCGUGUGAUUUUUCUUUUGAAGCUCAUUGGUCAUGGACUGAACAAGACGGAUUACCUGAUCCAUGGGUUGGCGACCCUUACAGAAGCCACCUUGCGUCGGUGGUAGGCACUUAUUACUCUUCAAGAACCAGUAGAGUCGCCCAUUUACCAUUCGCUUGGCCAAUUUUCCCACACAAAACGUUAAACGAUAUCGGCCUAAAGCUACUCGGUAAAUGGUCUGGUUUACCUUCCUUUGGUACGGGAACCACUAUGGCUUGCUUCCACAGUAUCGGUAAGAUACCUGUAGUCCAAGUUCGAUUUAUGAGAGCCAGCAAAAGUUAUCUCCCCUGUUUACCCAGAUGGGUUAACAUUUCAUUGUGAACUUUAUCGGGGCCUGGUGCUUUUGCCGCCAAGCACUUAUCAAGCGCUUUACGCAAUUCCUCCAUUGUGAAGGGGGUUAUGAAAAUCUCAGGGUGUGGUCCAAUACGUUGGAUACGAGCUUCCCUUUCCCUGAGACGGUGGACCUCUCGGUGCUCUUCGGUCUCUCUUGCCUUCUUGUUGACUUUGGCGAAGUGAGCAUUGAGCACUCGUGCCCUUUUUGCGUCGCUUGCCUCGACGCCUUUGUCUGUUAGUAGCGGCUGCGGAUUUUUUGCCUUUCCCGCGCCAGAGAGACUUCAGAGCAGAUUCCACACUUUCCGGCCGUCCUGGAGAUCGAGCUUUUCACAUGCACUUACCCACUUUGAUUUUUUCGCCUUUUGGACAGCUGCCCAGACUUCAGCCGUAAGUUUAUUGUAACCAGCACGAGCAGCCGGUGUUUUCUUUCUCGCGGCUUCUUUCCGAGCUUUUGCGCUUCGCUUCACCAGUUUUCCAAACUCUUUGUUCCAAAAAGGCUUGUACGGCCGCUUCCCGUUCGUUCUCAAGAUCGUCUUACGGGCAAUCUCCAGGAUUGCGCCAUUAAAUUUCUCGAAAGCAACAUCUAAGUCUGAGUCGGCCACGUCGACUGCUAUUAGUCCGAGCUUGGUCUCGCACUGACUUUCGAAAUUUCCCCAGCUGGCUUUCCGGAAGAGCCAGUGGCGUUUAUCGCACUUGGUUUUGGCCUGACCUAAGUCAAUCUCAAGUAAAAGGUAAAGAUGGUCACUCCAGAUUUCUUCCAGGACUUUUAGAUUCUGAUGUCCCGCGAGAUCAGCGGACACGAGCGUCAGAUCUGGCCGUGAUUCCGUUCAGUGGCCGUAGUGAAGAAGAGUGGGCGCACUCUUUUCGUCCUGAAUUCUGAUAAGAUUGGUCUCAAGACAGACCUCUUCCACGUGCUUACUCGAGACGUUCCUCUCGAGCUAACCCCACUUGGGGGAUUUGGCAUUAAAGUCUCCUGCAAUAAUAGUCCUUGUAAAGAUCGUCUCCCCGUGGGUGGGGAUCGUGAUCGCAUUGCUGCGAGACUUAUAAAUGUUCGUCACAGCGAACGUCUUCCCACAUUUGGUGACUUUUACCGACAACGUGUCAGUAUUCAGAUACCGUUUGGACUCAAUGACCUCCACCGCAAGGUCAUUUCUAACCGCUAUGGUAAUGUCUUGGCAGCGACCACACUUACAGUGUUAGAGUGAGUAACCAGUAAUUUGAAACGGCUUGCCGUGAAGCAACGUCUAUUUGAAGAGCCCUACGUCUACGUUACGUUCGUGGAGUAAUUUGGUUACUUCGUGUGAUUUUUGCCUGAUAUCACACACAUUCAACUGCAGAACAACCAGGGAAUGUUUUGGGUGUUCCGUCCCACCCCUUCGGUCUCGAACAGUAACUUGUUGGCCUCGCGCGCGCCUGUCAAGCGUCACAUGCGCGAGAGGGGACGCCUUCCCCAUGGGGACAUCCAUGGGGAGGGGAUGCAGUCCACGCACCACAUCUGUAGCUCUUCUCGGUCCCACCCAGUCUCCCAGCAGUGGGUAUCGAGGGCGUUUCGAGGAAGCCACAGUCUGCGGUGAAGGAUCUUGUCCAAGCCCCGCCAGUCGAGCCUGCGUAAAUGAUUUAGACGUAUCCAUGAGUAAUAGUGGUUUGGGCAGCAAUCUUCCCCUCAUUCAGGGAGGAGGUUUUUCGUCGCCUCCCCCCCCUUCCCUUGCCCAGUGAGGCUUUUGGUCAGGACGUUACGAGCAGUUUUCAUCUUUGGCUUCGGUAUUUAAUUCCGUACUAGUCUUCCGCGCCGCGAAGAGGCAGAUCACGUGCGACAUCGCCGUGAGCUUUGGCGAUGUGACUUUCCCAACUUAGAGCUAAUCGGGAAAAGUCAAAGAAGCUGAGGGGCUCACAUUCUGCCUUCUAUAUGUUUUAUAUUUUUAUUUGACCAGCAGAUGUAAUUUAAAACUCCCGAGGGCCCCUGGACUUUGAAUAGAUUAGGGCCUCAGCUCUUCCAAAUCCUGCACUGUUGGUGACUAAAAUAAACGAGGUGGCAUUCAACCAUGUUCCUUCAUUUUAGUUCCAUGGGGUCAUGGUCCUGAUGCAUACUUAUAUUUUCCUUCAUUUAAGUUCCUUGGGGCCAUGGUCCUGAUGCAUACUUCUAUUUUCCUUCAUUUUAGUUCCAUGGACAAAUGAUCCAGACCCAUCCACAUAUUUUCUGCGAAACCCCGUAAUUAUGGGUAAUAUGAUUUAUUCCAUUAUAUUCACUAAUAUUGUGUUCAAUAUUAAUUUGGUAGCAUUACAUAAGUUGUUUCUUUUAUUUAUUGCUAACUCGGAGGCUUUUCAUUUAUUUUAAAUCUAAUAUUAAUUAGGUAGCAUUCUAUUAUUUUUUUAAAUCUAAUAUUAAUGAGGUGGCAUAGCCUGUCAGUUUAGAUUUUCAUGCAGAGCCUCUAUUUUAAGCAAAAAUAAAAAUUUCUCACAGAUGUUUAUUAACCUCUUGAAUACACUUGUAUUUGUCCACACUUGUAUUUGUCCACACUUGUAUUUGUCUACACUUGUAUUUUUCUACACUUGUGUUUGUCCACACUUGUAUUUGUCCACACUUGUAUUUGCCCCCACUUGUAUUUGCCCACACUUGUAUUUGCUCACACUUGUAUUUGUCCACACUUAUAUGUGUGUACACUUGUAUUUGUCCAAACUUGUAUUUGUCCACACUUGUAUUUGUCCACACUUGUAUUUGUCCACACUUGUAUUUGUCCACACUUGUAUGUGUCCCCACUUGUAUGUGUCUACACUUGUAUUUGUCAACACUUGUAUAAGUUUAAAACUGUAUUUGUCCACACUUGUAUUUGUCCACAAUUGUAUUUGUCCACACUUUUAUUUGUUCACACUUGUAUUUGUCCACUUUUGUAUGUGUCUACAAUUAAAUUUGUGCACACUUGCAUAUGAACAAUCAUUUAAUUUUCCACAUGUGUAUUUGUCCACACGUGUAUAUGUCCAUACUUGUAUUUGUCCACACUUGUAUUUUUACCCGCUUGUAUAUGUCCGAACUUUUACAUUUAUAGAUGUGUAUGUGUCCGCACGUGUAUUUUCCAACACUUGUAUUUGUCCCAACUUGUAUUUGACCACACUUGUGUUUGUCUACACUUCUAUUUGCCUACAUUAUAUUUGUUCAAACUUGUCUUUUUCCGCACUUGUUUUUGUCCGCACUUUUAGUUGUCCAUACUUUUAAUUGUCUACACUUGUAUUUGUCCCAACUUGUAUUUGUCACAACUUGUAUUUGUCCACACUUGUGGCUGUCUACACUUACACUUGUCAACAUUUAUAUAUUUCCGCACAUGUAUUUGUCCACACAAAUUUUUGUCCACACAAAUUUUUGUCCGCACAAAUUUUUGUCCGCACAAAUUUUUGUCCGCAUUUGUAUUUGUUCGCACUUGUAUUUGUUUGCAUAUGUGUUUGUAUACACUUACAUUUGUUAAAACUUGUAUUUCUCCGCACUUCUAUUGGUUCGCACUUAUAUUUGUCCACACUUGUAAUUGUCUACACUUGUAUUUGUUCACAAUUGUAUUCUCCACAUUAGUAUUCGUCCACACUUGUAUUUGUCCAGACCUAACUUUGUCCGCACUUGUGUUUGUCCACACUUGCAUUUUUCCACACUUGUAUUUGUCCACACUUGUAUUUGUCCACACUUGUAUUUGUCCACACAUGUAUAUGUCCACACUUGUAUUUGUCUACACUUGUAUAUGUCCACACUUGUAUAUUUCCGAACUUUUAUAUAUCCACUUGUAUAUUUGUCCACUCUUGUAUUUGUCAACUUUUUUAUGUGUGUAUACAAUUAAAGUUGUCCACAAUUGUGUAUGUCCGAACAUUUAUAUUUCCACAUGUGUGAUUGUCAAAAUUUGUAUGUGUCCACAUUUGUAUUUGUCGAAAUUUAUAAUUGUCCGCACUUGUAUUUCUAUACAAUUUUAUUUGUCCACACUUGUAUUUGUCCACUUUUGUAUGUGUCUACACUUAAAUGUGUCCACACUUUUAUAUAACCAAACUUUUAUAUUUCCACAUGUGUAUUUGUCCACACUUGUAUUUGUCCAUACUUGUAUAUGUCCGAGCUUUUAUAUGUUCACAGGUGUAUUUGUCCGCAAGUAUUUUUCCACACUUGUAAUUGUCAACACUUGUAUUAGUCCACACUUGUAUUAGUCCACACUUGUUUUUGUCCUCACUUGUAUUUGUCCUCACUUGUUUGUCCACACUUGUGUCCACACUUAUAUUUAUCCACACUUGAAUUUGUACACACUUUUAUUUUUCCAGUGUUGUUUUUGUCCACACUUUUAUUGGUCCAGUGUUGUAUUUGUCCACACUUGUAUUUGUCCACACUUGUAUUUGUCCACACUUGUAUUUGUCCACACUUGUAUUUGUCCACACUUGUAUAUUCCACACUUGAAUUUGCCCACUCUUGAAUUUGUCUAUACUUGUAUUGGUCAACACUUGUAUUUGUCCAUAUUUGUAUAUCUCCACACUUGUAUUUGUCCAAACUUGUAUUUGUCCAUACUUGUAUUGUCCACACUUGUAUUUGUUUGCAUUUGUAUUUGUCCACACUUGUAUUUUCCAAAUUGUAUGGGUCCGAACUUUUAUUUUUCAACUUUUGAAUUUGUCCUCACUUGUAUUUUUCCGCAUUUGUAUUUGUCGACAAUUGUAUUUGUCCACAAUUGUAUUGGUCUGAACUUGUCUUUGUCCGCGCUUUUAUUUGUCCGCACUUUUAUUUGACCGAAAUUUAUUUUUGUCCGCAAUUGUAUUUGUACACACGUUUUUAUCCACAAUUGUAUUUGUACACACUUGUAUUUUUUAAAACUCGUAUUUGUCCACACAUGUAUUUGUGCAAUUGUAUUUGUACACACUUGUAUUUGUUUCACUUUGUAUAUUUCCACACUUGUAUAUGUCCACUCUUGUAUUGUCCAGACUUGAAUAAUGACACACUGGUAUAUGACCUCACUUGUAUUUGACCAAACUUGUAUAUUUCCAUCCUUGCAUAUUCCAUACUUGUAUUUCUCCACACAUGUAUAUGUCCACACUUGUAGAUGACCACCUUUGUAUAUGUUUACAUAUGUUUUUUCCGCUGUUAUUUUUGUCCACACUUGUAUCUGUCCGCACUUGUAUUUGUCCACACUUUUGUCCAAAUUUGUAUUUGUUCACACAAGUAUUUGUCCACAUUUGUAUUUGUCCACAAUUGUAUUUGUUUACGGUUGUAAUUUGCACAUACUUGUAUUUGUCUACUGUCAUAUUUGUCUGCACUUGGAUUUAUCCACACUUUUAUUUUCUCUAUUUGUAUGUGUCCACACUUGUAUUUGUCCACACUUUUAUAUGUCAAAAAUUUCCACAGUCCUUUUUGUCCACAUAUGUACUUUUCCACACUUGUAUAUGCCCGAACCUUUACUUGUCCACACGUGUAUUUGUCUGCUCUUGUAUUUGUCUACACUUGUAUUUGUCUUCACUAGUAGUUGUUCACACUUGUAUUUGUCCAUAUUUGUAUUUGUCCGAACUUUUAUAUUUACACAUUUGAAUUUUUCCGCACUUGUAUUCGUCCACAGUUUUAUUUUUUUCGCACCUGUAUUUGUCCACACUUGUAUUUGUCUACCCAUGUAGUUGUCUACCCAUGUAGUUGUCUACCCAUGUUUAUCAUCCAUAAUGUUAUUAUUUUCCCGUUCUGUCGUAGUUCCUGAAGAUUUCCUCCCGUAUGACUACGAUUAUGUCCCCCGUGGCAUAACUGAUAUUGACGCCAAUCCCGACUCCAUCAACACUUCAGUGUACUCGAAGCGGAUCAUGGCAAACCUGGUCGUAAGUCCACAAAACAAGAUAACCCACCAUUCCACAAUUAUUGCACUUAACAAUAUGCACACUUUUUUAGUGACACAUUUUUGUAUUUGAAUUUGUUGCAAUUGAAAGUGUGGGAGCAUCGUUUCCCCACACGCUGUUCCCCACACACUGUUGCCCUGUUCCCCACACACUGUUGCAUCGUUCCCCACACACUGUUGCAUCGUUCCACACAAUCUGUUACCCUGUUCCCAACACAAUGUUGCCCUGUUCCCCACACACUGUUGCAUCGUUCCCCACACAUUGUUAUAUCGUUCCCCACACACUGUUGCCUUGUUCCCCACACACUGUUGCCCUGUUCCCUAAACACUGUUGCCUUGUUCCCCACACACUGUUGCCCUGUUCCCUAAACACUGUUGCCUUGUUCCCCACAAACUGUUGCCUGGUUCUCCACACACUGUUAAUCUGUUCCCCACACACAGUUGCAUCGUUUCCCACACUCUGUUACCCUGUUCCCAACACACUGUUGCCCUGUUCCCCACACACUGUUGCAUCGAUCCCCACACAUUGUUGCAUCGUUCCCCACACACUGUUGCCCUGUUCCCUACACACUGUUGCCAUGUUCCCCACACACUGUUGCAUCGUUCCCCACACACUGUUGCAUCGUUCCCCACACACUGUUGCCCUCGACCACACAUUGCCUCACACGGCCACACACAGUCACACGUGACCACACACUCCCACACUCGGCCACACACAGCCACACCAUAUAUAAUCUUGGAAAUUCAUCGAUCACAAUUUUAGCUACUUUUCACAAUACAUGAUAAUGUGAAAUUUUCCCCUGAAACAAUUCGUACGAGUUGAUGUUCUGAUUAACAUUAUCAGUCUCAUAUUUAAAUUUGAUUAGCUCCUUCUCCCCAAACUAAAAUCAAAGAGAUCAGUAUCUGGUACUGGAUUUAUUAUUGAUUCUGGAUGUUCCAUCUCCUCUACUGCUCUACUUUCAGACAUUUAUUUAUGUAGCUAAUUCAAAUGGUCGCAAAAUACGUCUUUACACUACCUAGUUGUUCUUCGUUUACUCUUUAUACCUAUGGUUUGUUUACUCUUUAUACCUAUAGUUUUUUUACUCUUUAUACCUAUGGUUUGUUUACCCUUUAUACCUAUGGUUUGUUUACCCUUUAUACCUAUGGUUUGUUUACUCUUUAUACCUAUGGUUUGUUUACUCUAUAUACCUAUGGUUUGUUUACCCUUUAUACCUAUGGUUUGUUUACUCUUUAUACCUAUGGUUUGUUUACUCUAUAUACCUAUGGUUUGUUUACUCUACAUACCUAUGGUUUGUUUAUCUACAUACCUAUGGUUUGUUUACUCUACAUACCUAUGGUUUGUUUACUCUAUAAACUUAUGCUUUGUUUACUCAAAUAUUUAUGCUUUGUUUUUUACUCUAUCUACUUGUUUUGUUUUUUUGUUUUUUUUGCACUCCUGAUCUGAAGGAAGAUGAAUUUAGCAGGCGUAUACUUCCUGAUUUCUUGAUUUUCAACAAGUAUAUAACUCCCCGGAUGAGAAGUAUCCUAAUGGACUGGCUGCUGCAGGUCGCAGUGAGUGUCCACACUUCAGUUAUUUACAGCAGAUGGAUGUAGAGUGGGUCUUAUAAAAGACACACACGUGCACAGAUUUGAUCGGCUGACAUUGACAAUGUUUAAAGAUACAAGAAAUUCGUGUCAAAUACGUGCUUAGCCAAGGGCACGCUUCUUUACAGUCAGAUUUCCUGUCUACAUUUCCUGCCUACAUUUCCUGCCUACAUUUCCUGUCUAGAUUUCCUGCCUACAUUUCCUGCCUACAUUUCCUGCCUACAUUUCCUGCCUAAAUUUCCUGCCUACAUUUCCUGCCUAAAUUUCCUGCAUACAUUUCCUGCCUACAUUUCCUGCCUACAUUUCCUGCCUAGAUUUCCUGCCUAGAUUUCCUGCCUAGAUUUCCUGUCUACAUUUCCUGCCUACAUUUCCUGCCUACAGCCUACAUUUCCUGCCUACAUUUCCUGCCCACAUUUCCUGUCUUCAUUUCCUGCCUCCUUCUCCUGCCUAUAUUUCCUUCCUGCCUACAUUUCCUGCCUAGAUUUCCUGCCUAGAUUUCCUGCCUAGAUUUCCUGUCUACAUUUCCUGCCUACAUUUCCUGCCUACAGUUCCUAUUUCCUGCCUAUGUUUCCUGUCUCCAUUUCCUGCCUACCUUUCCUGCCUACAUUUCCUGCCUACAUUUCCUGCCUACAUUUCCUGCCUACAUUUCCUGCCUAGAUUUCCUGCCUAGAUUUCCUGCCUAGAUUUCCUGUCUACAUUUCCUGCCUACAUUUCCUGCCUACAUUUCCUGCCUACAUUUCCUGCCUACAUUUCCUGCCUACAUUUCCUGCCUACUUUUCCUGCCUACAUUUCCUGUCUACAUUUCCUGUGAUAUGUAGUGUCCCAGAGAACUGAAAGAGAAAGAUGGUCAUCAUCUUGUCUUACUGAUACUGUAUUGUAUACUUUAGCUGCCCUUUGCAUAACUUUACUGUAUCUUACUUCACAUUACUUAACCUUGCCUUUCCUCAUCUUAUCUAACUUAAGCUUAUCGUAACUUUCUUUAACUUAAAUAUCCUUGACUUACCUUACUUAAUCUUUCUUUACAUUACCUAAUCUAACCUUACUUAGUUUAGCCUUGCCGAGUCGCACCGCAUGUUACCUUACCUUAUCCCUCUGUCACGUCUUCCCAUGCAGCACCACGAAGAGCUUACCGAUGAGAGUCUGCAGCUCUGCGUCGACACCGUCGACAGGUACCUUCACAUUGACGAGAUCCCCCGGUCUCACCUGCAGCUGGUUGGAGUGACGGCGCUGCUGCUAGCCGCCAAGUACACUGAGCGCUUCGCACCAGAGGUCU